UUACAGGAUCCAGAGAUGCAGCAUCUGCUCGUUGACAGUGAAAAUUGCAGUGUGUCUCUGAACUCCAGCUUUGAGGUCACUGGGGAAGGCAGAUGUGGGACAUCAGCUAUCAGCUUCCUUGGGGCCUUGCGAAUACCUGGAGUCAUAGAGUUCUCCCUUUGUCUUCUGUUUGCAAAGCUGGUGAGCUAUACUUUCCUCUUCUGGCUUCCCCUCUAUAUCACAAAUGUGGAGCAUCUUGAUGCCAAAAGAGCUGGGGACCUUUCUACACUUUUUGAUGUGGGUGGAAUCUUUGGUGGAAUUUUGGCAGGCCUGAUUUCAGACAGGCUGGAGAAGAGGGCAUCGACCUGCGGGAUGAUGUUACUGCUUGCAGCACCGACAUUGUACAUGUUCUCUGCAGUCAGUAAAAUGGGCCUUGAAGCUACUGUAGUGAUGCUGCUUAUCAGUGGUGCCCUGGUGAAUGGCCCUUACGCGCUGAUCACCACUGCUGUUUCUGCUGACUUGGGUACCCAUAAAAGCCUGAAAGGGAAUGCAAGAGCCUUGUCCACAGUGACAGCGAUCAUCGACGGAACAGGAUCUGUAGGUGCGGCUUUGGGGCCUCUCUUAGCUGGUCUUAUUUCCCCAUCUGGUUGGAACAACGUGUUUUACAUGCUCAUGGUGGCAGAUGCAUGUGCCUUGCUAUUCUUACUCCGUCUUAUUCAGAAGGAACUUCGGUGUAACGCACAUCAUACCCUGUAA